AUGGACGUCAACAGACGACUGGGGAUGAGAGACACCGUGCUGGCGCUCCUGCUCGCUGUUCUGCAGGGAUUUCCUCUCGGGGAAGCGGCCCCGAACCCGUCGCCGCUGGUUGGAUCCAACUGGGGCAACCCGCGGAGAUAUGUCCACCUGCAGACAUCCACAGACCUCAACAACUUCUACUUGGAGAUCAAAUUAGAUGGCACCGUGCGUAAAACCACAGCCAGGAGCUCAUACAGUGUGAUUUUACUGAAAGCUGAAACAAGGGAGCGCAUCGCCAUCCUCGGCGUCAAAAGCAGCCGCUACCUGUGCAUGGAUCUGGAGGGAAACCCGUUCAGCUCUCCCACCUGCCUCAGAGACGACUGUCUGUUCAACCACAGGCUUCUGGAGAACAACCGGGACGUGUACUACUCCAGCCGGACCGGCAUCCUCUUCAACCUGGAAGGCUCCCGGCAGGUGUUCUCAGCGGGUCAGAACGUGCCGCAGACCUCUCUUUUCCUGCCCAAGAAGAACACGGUGCCGCUGGAGCGCCUCCUGCUGCACCGGGAGAAGAGGAACCAGGUGGUGGACCCCUCAGACCCGCACAACGUCUACCUGGGCCAGACGGAGGAGGGCUCGGACUCCCGGGCCGUGCAGGAGGACGACGCCGACCUGGAGGUGGAAGUGGAGGUGGAGGCCGGGGACGAUGGGCGCAACGUGUCCCGGGAGACCCCGCUGGCUCCGGCAACCCACGACCCCUGGAACGUGCAUUCUUCCAACCCGGCCAGCCCCCGGAGCUCCGGGAUCAUGGGCUGA